GGGACCGCUCUCCUCCAUCCGCAGGAUGGGUGUCAGCUGGAGGAGGCUGGCCCCACUCUGGGCCCUGGUCCUCACCCUGGCCUGUGCCCGGGGCACAGGCCGGGCCCAGGACAGCUCUGCGGAACAUGGCAAGUCCCAAGUCCUCCUUCCCGGCCCCCAGGUGCCUGGUGGCCACUCGCUCCACUUCCUCCCCCCGUUGCGGAUGGCCCCCGUGGUUCGAGCCCUGAACCCAGCGCACAACGGGCGAGUGUGCAGCACGUGGGGCAACUUCCACUACAAGACCUUCGACGGGGACAUCUUCCACUUCCCGGGUCUGUGCAACUACGUCCUCUCUGCACACUGUGGGGCUGCCUAUGAGGACUUCAACAUCCAGCUCCGCCGCGGCCUCGAGUCCAACGCCACCACAGUCAUCAGAGUCACCAUGAAGCUCGACGGCAUGGUCAUCCAGCUGACCAAGAAUGCCGUCCUGGCCAACGGGCAGCUAAUUCAGCUGCCCUUCAGCCAGUCCGGGGUCCUCAUCGAGCACAGCAGCAACUCCCUGAAGGUGGUGGCCAGGCUGGGCCUGGUCUUCAUGUGGAGCCAGGACGACAGCCUCCUGCUGGAGCUGGACGCCAAGUACGCCAACCAGACCUGUGGGCUGUGUGGAGACUUCAAUAGCGAGCCCGUGUUCAACGAGUUCCUCUCCCAUGGUGUCAAGCUCACCCCAAUCCAGUUUGGGAAUCUGCAGAAGAUGGACGGCCCCACAGAGCAGUGUCAGGACCCUGUCCCUGUGCCCAUGAUGGACUGCUCACCUGGCUCUAGCAUCUGUGAGGAGAUCCUGAGCAGCAGGCUGUUCUCGGGCUGCAGCGCCCUGGUGGACGCCAGCAGCUAUGUGCAGGCCUGCCGGCACGACCUCUGUGCCUGCGAGCACGCCAACCCAAGCAGCUGCAUCUGCCACACACUCGCCGAGUACUCCCGCCAGUGCGCCCACGCUGGGGGGCUGCCCCUGGACUGGAGGGGCCCCGACCUCUGCCCCCAGACCUGCCCCCUCAACAUGCAGUAUCGGGAGUGUGGCUCGCCCUGCGCCGACACCUGCUCCAACCCAGAGCACUCCCAGCUCUGCGAGGACCACUGCAUGGCUGGCUGCUUCUGCCCCGAGGGGAUGGUGCUCGAUGACAUUGGCCAGACCGGCUGCAUUCCUGCCUCCCAGUGUGCCUGUGUGUACAACGGGGCCACGUACGCUCCGGGGGCCGUCUAUUCCACAGACUGCACCAACUGCACCUGCUUGAGAGGCCAGUGGAGCUGCCAAGAGGUGCCGUGCCCAGGCACCUGCUCAGUGCUGGGGGGCGCCCACUUCUCCACGUUUGACGAGAGGCGGUACACAGUGCACGGGGACUGCAGCUACGUGUUGGUCAAGCCCUGUAACAGCAGCACCUUCACUGUGCUGGCGGAGCUGCGCAAGUGUGGCCUGACAGACACUGAGACUUGUCUGAGGAGCUUGACGCUGAGCCUGGGCGGGGGACACACGGUCAUCACAGUCAAGGCCAGCGGGGAGGUGUUUGUGAACCAGAUCUACACCCAGAUGCCCAUCUCAGCAGGCAACGUCACACUCUUCAGACCCUCCACCUUCUUCAUCAUCGCCCAGACCAACCUGGGCCUGCAGCUGGACAUCCAGCUGGUGCCCAUCAUGCAGGUGUUCGUGAGGCUGGGGCCCGAGCUCCGCGGGCUGACCUGCGGCCUGUGCGGGAACUUCAACCAGAACCAGGCUGACGACUUCCGUGCCCUCAGCGGCGUGGUGGAGGGCACGGCCGCCGCCUUCGCCAACACCUGGAAGACCCAGGCCACCUGCCCCAACGUCAAGAACAGCUUCGAGGACCCCUGCUCCCUCAGCGUGGAGAAUGAGAAGUAUGCUCAGCACUGGUGCUCCCGGCUGACGGACCCCCACGGCCCCUUCGCCCAGUGCCACACUGCCGUGAACCCUGGCACCUACUAUUCGAACUGUAUGUUCGACACGUGUAACUGUGAGAAGAGCGAGGACUGCCUGUGUGCGGCCCUGUCCUCCUACGUGCACGCCUGCGCUGCCAACGGGGUGCUGCUCAGCGGCUGGAGGGACAGCGUGUGCACAAAGCCCAUGGCCACCUGCCCUAAGUCGCUGACCUACCAGUACCACAUCGACACCUGCCAGCCCACCUGCCGGUCCCGGAGUCACGAGGACAUCACCUGUGGCAUCAACUUUGUCCCUGUGGACGGCUGCACCUGCCCCACUGGCACCUUCAUGGAUGACACGGGCAAGUGUGUGCCGCCAACCAGCUGUCCCUGCUACCACGGAGGCUCCAUGGUCCCCAACGGGGAGUCGCUCCACGAGCGUGGGGCCAUCUGCACCUGCACGCAAGGCAUGCUGACCUGCAUCGGAGGCCAAGUUCCCACCCCAGUCUGCACCCCACCCAUGGUCUACCUCGACUGUCUCAAUGCCACGCCGGGGGCCACUGGGGCCGGCUGUCAGAAGAGCUGCUUCACCCUGGACAUGGACUGUUACAGCUCCCAGUGCGAACCUGGCUGCGUGUGUCCCGACGGGCUGGUGUCCGACGGUAAAGGUGGCUGCGUCGCUGUGACAGACUGUCCCUGCGUGCACAACGAGGCCAGCUACCUGCCCGGCCAGACCAUCUGGGUGGGCUGCAACACCUGCACCUGUAAGAACAGGAUGUGGAAGUGUACGGACGAGCCCUGCCUGGCCACCUGCGCGGUGUACGGGGACGGCCACUACCUCACCUUUGACGGGAGGCGCUACAGCUUCAGUGGGGACUGCGCGUACACGCUAGUUCAGGACCACUGCGGCGGGAACAGCACCGCCAAUGCCACCUUCCGCGUGGUCACUGAGAACGUCCCCUGCGGGACCACGGGCGUCACCUGCUCCAAGGCCAUCAAGCUGUUCCUGGGGAGCUACGAGCUGAGGCUGAGUGGUGGCAGUGUGGAGGUGAUCGAGAAGGGUGCAGGGCAGGCGGCUCCCUACUCCAUCCGUCAGAUGGGCAUCUACCUGGUGGUGGACACUGAGGUUGGCCUGGUGUUGCUGUGGGACAGGAAGACCAGUAUCUUCCUCAAACUCAGCCCUGAGUUCAAGGGCCGGGUCUGCGGGCUGUGCGGGAACUUUGACGACAAUGCUGUCAAUGACUUCACCACGCGGAGCCAGUCCGUGGUGGGCAGCACCCUGGAGUUUGGCAACAGCUGGAAGUUCUCCCCGUCCUGCCCCGAUGCCCCGGCCCCCAGGGACCCCUGCACCGCCAACCCCUACCGCAAGUCCUGGUCCCAGAAACAGUGCAGCAUCAUCAACAGCGCCACGUUCGCUGCCUGCCAUGCCCACGUGGAGCCCGCCAAGUACUACGAGGCCUGUGUGGGCGAUGCGUGUGCCUGUGACUCAGGGGGCGACUGUGAAUGUUUCUGCACGGCCGUGGCCGCCUACGCCCAGGCCUGCCAUGAUGUGGGCGUGUGCGUGUCCUGGAGGACCCCGGACAUCUGCCCCUUGUUCUGCGACUACUACAACCCUGAGGGCCAGUGUGAGUGGCACUACCAGCCGUGCGGGGUGCCCUGCAUGAGGACCUGCCGGAACCCCAGCGGCCGGUGUCUACACGACCUGCAUGGCCUGGAAGGCUGCUACCCCAAGUGCCCGCCGGAGGCCCCCAUCUUCGAUGAGGACCAGAUGCAGUGUGUGGCCACAUGCCCAACCCCACCCCCGCCGCUGCCCUGCCGUGUCCAGGGCAAGUCCUACUGGCCAGGCUCAGCUGUGCCUUCUGAGGAGAACUGCCAGUCCUGUGUUUGCACUGAGAGCGGCGUGCAGUGUGUCUACGAUGCUGAGGCCUGUGUCUGCACCUACGACGGGUCGCACUUCCAUCUGGGGGAUGUCAUCUACCACACCACUGACGGCACAGGCGGGUGCAUCUCCGCCCGCUGCUCAGUGAACGGCACCAUCGAGAGGAAGGUGUACACCUGCAGCUCCACGACCCCCGCACCGCCCACCACCUUCUCCUUCUCCACGCCUUCACUCGGUGUGAGCUCAAUACAUCCGCCCCGCACAUGCCACAGAUCUACCAAGAGCACAGUGCACACAAAUACUCCAAGCAGUGCCCUGUCCUCCACUCUGGUCACAGCCUCUAGUCCAAUGUCUCACAAAACCUCCGUCCAGCCCCAUGUGACCUGUGGAGAGGAGUGCCUGUGGUCACCGUGGCUGGAUGUCAGCCAUCCCGGACGGGGCAUUGACAGUGGUGACUUCGACACACUGGAGAACCUCCGUGCCCACGGGUACCACGUUUGCUCAGUGCCAAAGGAGGUGGAGUGCCAAGCUGAGGGUGCCCCAGAGGUGCCGCUCCAAGUCCUGGGGCAGCAUGUGGAGUGUAGCCCGACCGUGGGGCUGGUGUGUUACAACCGCAACCAGACAUCCGGGCUCUGCUACAACUACCAGAUCAGGAUUCUGUGCUGCUUCCCUGGGACCUGCUCCACCUCCAGCACUCCACCUCCACCACCAGCUUCCACUCCUACACCUUCCAGGAUUACAGAAAUGGUGCCCACAUCGGGGGUUAUCAGGGUUACACCUGUGCCAACACACAACAAACCUUCCCCAGCCACUGUCACCGCAACUGGCACAACCACUCUCUCUACAACUAGCAAAACACAUGCUCCAGGUACCACUACACCUACUCCAGGUACCACUACCCUUGCCCCGAGUACUCCUACACCCCUGCUGGUUACCUCUACGAUUAUCCCAAGUACUUUUACCCUUGCCCUGAGUACUCCUUUAUCUGUCCCAGUGACCACUGUGACCAUCCCAGGUACUCCUACACAUGUCCCAGGUACCACCACCACCACAACAGGUACUCCUACACCUACCCAAAGUGCAACUACAACCACCCUAGGUUCUCCUACAACUGUGAAAAACACUACCUUCACUCUGAGGUCAACGCCAGCUUCAACAACCCCUGCGCCUUGUUUACAAAACUUGUGCAGCUGGACCCACUGGCUUGACGGUAGCUAUCCCGAGCCUGGUAUAAACGGUGGGGAUUUUGACACUUUUCCUAAUUUGAGAGCCACAGGAUAUAAAUUCUGUGAAAAACCCAGCAAUGUGGAAUGCAGGGCGGCAUUCUUCCCAAACAUCCCACUGGAUGAGCUGGGGCAGGAUGUGAUUUGUGACAAGAGUGUGGGGCUGAUGUGCCUGAAUAAGAAUCAGUUUCCUCCAAUCUGCUAUAACUAUGAAAUCCGCAUCCAGUGCUGUGAGUUGGUGGAUGUGUGCACAAGCACAACAUCUCCUGUGACAGCUGAGAAUACACACACCACCCCAAGGACAACCCAGACUCAUACGCAGCUUACCUCAACUACUGGAAUUCCUUUGUCUCCCACACAACACAGUGAGGUCAGCUCAACGCAAGUGCACUCUUCAACCAGCAAUGUGCUCAGCACAAAUUUGGUCUCUGUACCCACAACUAUCAACUGCCAGCCACGAUGCACGUGGACCAAGUGGUUUGAUGUGGACUUCCCAUCCCCGGGGCCCCAUGGAGGAGACGUGGAAAGCUUCAGCAACAUCAUGAGAAGGGGAGAGAAAAUCUGCCGCCGGCCAGAAUACAUCACACAGCUGGAGUGCCGAGCUGAGAGCCACCCUGAGGUCAGCAUCGACAAGCUGGGCCAGGUGGUGCAGUGCAACCUCACCAAGGGGCUGGUGUGCCGGAACCAGGACCAGAAGGGCAAUGUCGGGAUGUGUCUUAACUAUGAGGUCCGUGUGCUGUGCUGUGAGACCCCAGAGGGGUGUCCUCACACCAAAACUGUCACAGUGUCUCACACCCCAAGUGUGAGCACCAGUAGUCUAAAAGAGACCACCACUCACCUGGUGACAUCCCACUCAACAUCUGUGCCAACAGCCAGCCCAAAAAGUGUGUCAACAACAACCUCAACCUCUAUGCCAACAACAGGCCGAACAUCUGGGCCAGAAACCAGCUCAACCUCCGUGCCAACAACUGCCCCAACCUCUGUGCCAACAACGAGCUCAACUUCUGUGCCUCCAUCCAGUCCAACGUCUGUGCCAAAAACCAGCUCAACCUCUGGGCCAACAACAGGCCCAACAACAGUUCCAACAACCAGUUCAACUACUGUGCCAACGACUGGCCCAACCUCUGUGCCAACAACCAGCUCAACUUCUGUGCCAACAACUGGCCCAACAACAGUUCCAACAACCAGUUCAACUACUGUGCCAACAACUGGCCCAACCUCUGUGCCAACAACGAGCUCAACUUCUGUGCCUCCAUCCAGCCCAACAUCGGUGCCAGAACCCAGCUCAACCUCUGGACCAACAACAGGCUCCACAACAGUUCCAACAACUGCCACAACCUCUGUGCCAACAACUGCCCCAACCUCUGUGCCAACAACGAGCUCAACUUCUGUGCCUCCAUCCAGCCCCACGUCUGUGCCAGAAAGCAGCUCAACCUUUGGGCCAACAACUGGCCCAACAACAGUUCCAACAACCAGUUCAACUACUGUGCCAACAACUGGCCCAACCUCUGUGCCAACAACGAGCUCAACUUCUGUGCCUCCAUCCAGCCCAACAUCGGUGCCAGAACCCAGCUCAACCUCUGGACCAACAACAGGCUCCACAACAGUUCCAACAACUGCCACAACCUCUGUGCCAACAACUGCCCCAACCUCUGUGCCAACAACGAGCUCAACUUCUGUGCCUACAUCCAGCCCAACAACUGUGCCAACAACGAGCUCAACUUCUGUGCCUCCAUCCAGCCCAACAUCUGUGCCAAAAACCAGCUCAACCUCUGGGCCAACAACAGGCCCAACAACAGUUCCAACAACCAGCUCAACUUCUGUGCCAACAACUGGCCCAACAACAGUUCCGACAACCAGUUCAACUACUGUGCCAACGACUGGCCCAACCUCUGUGCCAACAAAGAGCUCAACUUCUGUGCCUCCAUCCAGCCCAACGUUUGUGCCAGAAAGCAGCUCAACCUCUGGGCCAACAACCGGCCCAACCACAGUUCCAACAACCAGUUCAACUACUGUGCCAACAACUGGCCCAAACUCUGUGCCAACAACGAGCUCAACUUCUGUGCCUCCAUCCAGCCCAACAUCGGUGCCAGAACCCAGCUCAACCUCUGUGUCUACCACAGCCCCAAGAUCUGUGCCAGCAACCAGCUCAACCCCUAUGUCAACAACCCGCCCAAUACCUGUGCCAACAACUAGGUCAACCUCUGUGCCUACAACCAGCCCCACAUCUGUGUCCACAGUCAGCACCACCUCUGUGCCAAGAAGCAGCUCAAUUUCUGUGCCAAUAACCAGCCCAACCUCUGUGCCAACAACCAGCCCAAUCUCUGUGCCAAAAACCACCAAAACCACUGUGCCAAAAACCAGCCCAACAUCUAUGCCAACAACUAGCUCAACAUCUGUGCCAGCCACCAGUCCAACAUCUGCACCAAAAACCAGCUCAGCCUCUGUGCCAACAACCAGUGCGACCACUGUGCCAACAACCAGCCUCACAUCUCUACCAGCAAGCAGUCCAACGUCUCUGCCAAAAACUACCACAAUGUCUGCUCCUACAACCAGCACAAUCCCUGUUCUCACAUCUGAGACAACUCACUCCCCAUAUGUGACUGUCACUUGCCAGCCACAAUGCACGUGGACCAAGUGGUUUGAUGUGGACUUCCCAUCCCCAGGGCCCCAUGGAGGAGAUGCGGAAACCUUCUGCAACAUCAAGAAAAGAGGAGAGAAAAUCUGCCGCCGGCCUGAAUACAUUGCACAGCUGGAGUGCCGGGCUGAGAGCCACCCUGAGGUCAGCAUCGACAAGCUGGGCCAGGUGGUGCAGUGCAACGUCACCAAGGGGCUGGUGUGCCGGAACCGGGACCAGAAGGGCAAUGUCGGGAUGUGUCUCAACUACGAGGUCCGUGUACUGUGCUGUGAGACCCCAGAGGGGUGUCCUCACACCAAAACUGUCACAGUGUCUCACACCCCAAGUGUGAGCACCAGUAGUCUAAAAGAGACCACCACUCACCUGGUGACAUCCCACUCAACAUCUGUGCCAACAGCCAGCCCAAAAAGUGUGUCAACAACAACCUCAACCUCUAUGCCAACAACAGGCCGAACAUCUGGGCCAGAAACCAGCUCAACCUCCGUGCCAACAACUGCCCCAACCUCUGUGCCAACAACGAGCUCAACUUCUGUGCCUCCAUCCAGCCCAACGUCUGUGCCAAAAACCAGCUCAACCUCUGGGCCAACAACAGGCCCAACAACAGUUCCAACAACCAGUUCAACUACUGUGCCAACGACUGGCCCAACCUCUGUGCCAACAACCAGCUCAACUUCUGUGCCAACAACUGGCCCAACAACAGUUCCAACAACCAGUUCAACUACUGUGCCAACAACUGGCCCAACCUCUGUGCCAACAACGAGCUCAACUUCUGUGCCUCCAUCCAGCCCAACAUCGGUGCCAGAACCCAGCUCAACCUCUGGACCAACAACAGGCUCCACAACAGUUCCAACAACUACCACAACCUCUGUGCCAACAACUGCCCCAACCUCUGUGCCAACAACGAGCUCAACUUCUGUGCCUACAUCCAGCCCAACAACUGUGCCAACAAUGAGCUCAACUUCUGUGCCUCCAUCCAGCCCAACAUCUGUGCCAAAAACCAGCUCAACCUCUGGGCCAACAACAGGCCCAACAACAGUUCCAACAACCAGCUCAACUUCUGUGCCAACAACUGGCCCAACAACAGUUCCGACAACCAGUUCAACUACUGUGCCAACGACUGGCCCAACCUCUGUGCCAACAACGAGCUCAACUUCUGUGCCUCCAUCCAGCCCCACGUCUGUGCCAGAAAGCAGCUCAACCUCUGGGCCAACAACUGGCCCAACAACAGUUCCAACAACCAGUUCAACUACUGUGCCAACAACUGGCCCAAACUCUGUGCCAACAACGAGCUCAACUUCUGUGCCUCCAUCCAGCCCAACAUCGGUGCCAGAACCCAGCUCAACCUCUGGACCAACAACAGGCUCCACAACAGUUCCAACAACUGCCACAACCUCUGUGCCAACAACUGCCCCAACCUCUGUGCCAACAACGAGCUCAACUUCUGUGCCUACAUCCAGCCCAACAACUGUGCCAACAACGAGCUCAACUUCUGUGCCUCCAUCCAGCCCAACAUCUGUGCCAAAAACCAGCUCAACCUCUGGGCCAACAACAGGCCCAACAACAGUUCCAACAACCAGCUCAACUUCUGUGCCAACAACUGGCCCAACAACAGUUCCGACAACCAGUUCAACUACUGUGCCAACGACUGGCCCAACCUCUGUGCCAACAAAGAGCUCAACUUCUGUGCCUCCAUCCAGCCCAACGUUUGUGCCAGAAAGCAGCUCAACCUCUGGGCCAACAACCGGCCCAACCACAGUUCCAACAACCAGUUCAACUACUGUGCCAACAACUGGCCCAAACUCUGUGCCAACAACGAGCUCAACUUCUGUGCCUCCAUCCAGCCCAACAUCGGUGCCAGAACCCAGCUCAACCUCUGUGUCUACCACAGCCCCAAGAUCUGUGCCAGCAACCAGCUCAACCCCUAUGUCAACAACCCGCCCAAUACCUGUGCCAACAACUAGGUCAACCUCUGUGCCUACAACCAGCCCCACAUCUGUGUCCACAGUCAGCACCACCUCUGUGCCAAGAAGCAGCUCAAUUUCUGUGCCAAUAACCAGCCCAACCUCUGUGCCAACAACCAGCCCAAUCUCUGUGCCAAAAACCACCAAAACCACUGUGCCAAAAACCAGCCCAACAUCUAUGCCAACAACUAGCUCAACAUCUGUGCCAGCCACCAGUCCAACAUCUGCACCAAAAACCAGCUCAGCCUCUGUGCCAACAACCAGUGCGACCACUGUGCCAACAACCAGCCUCACAUCUCUACCAGCAAGCAGUCCAACGUCUCUGCCAAAAACUACCACAAUGUCUGCUCCUACAACCAGCACAAUCCCUGUUCUCACAUCUGAGACAACUCACUCCCCAUAUGUGACUGUCACUUGCCAGCCACAAUGCACGUGGACCAAGUGGUUUGAUGUGGACUUCCCAUCCCCAGGGCCCCAUGGAGGAGAUGCGGAAACCUUCUGCAACAUCAAGAAAAGAGGAGAGAAAAUCUGCCGCCGGCCUGAAUACAUUGCACAGCUGGAGUGCCGGGCUGAGAGCCACCCUGAGGUCAGCAUCGACAAGCUGGGCCAGGUGGUGCAGUGCAACGUCACCAAGGGGCUGGUGUGCCGGAACCGGGACCAGAAGGGCAAUGUCGGGAUGUGUCUCAACUACGAGGUCCGUGUACUGUGCUGUGAGACCCCAGAGGGGUGUCCUCACACCAAAACUGUCACAGUGUCUCACACCCCAAGUGUGAGCACCAGUAGUCUAAAAGAGACCACCACUCACCUGGUGACAUCCCACUCAACAUCUGUGCCAACAGCCAGCCCAAAAAGUGUGUCAACAACAACCUCAACCUCUAUGCCAACAACAGGCCGAACAUCUGGGCCAGAAACCAGCUCAACCUCCGUGCCAACAACUGCCCCAACCUCUGUGCCAACAACGAGCUCAACUUCUGUGCCUCCAUCCAGCCCAACGUCUGUGCCAAAAACCAGCUCAACCUCUGGGCCAACAACAGGCCCAACAACAGUUCCAACAACCAGUUCAACUACUGUGCCAACGACUGGCCCAACCUCUGUGCCAACAACCAGCUCAACUUCUGUGCCAACAACUGGCCCAACAACAGUUCCAACAACCAGUUCAACUACUGUGCCAACAACUGGCCCAACCUCUGUGCCAACAACGAGCUCAACUUCUGUGCCUCCAUCCAGCCCAACAUCGGUGCCAGAACCCAGCUCAACCUCUGGACCAACAACAGGCUCCACAACAGUUCCAACAACUACCACAACCUCUGUGCCAACAACUGCCCCAACCUCUGUGCCAACAACGAGCUCAACUUCUGUGCCUACAUCCAGCCCAACAACUGUGCCAACAAUGAGCUCAACUUCUGUGCCUCCAUCCAGCCCAACAUCUGUGCCAAAAACCAGCUCAACCUCUGGGCCAACAACAGGCCCAACAACAGUUCCAACAACCAGCUCAACUUCUGUGCCAACAACUGGCCCAACAACAGUUCCGACAACCAGUUCAACUACUGUGCCAACGACUGGCCCAACCUCUGUGCCAACAACGAGCUCAACUUCUGUGCCUCCAUCCAGCCCCACGUCUGUGCCAGAAAGCAGCUCAACCUCUGGGCCAACAACUGGCCCAACAACAGUUCCAACAACCAGUUCAACUACUGUGCCAACAACUGGCCCAAACUCUGUGCCAACAACGAGCUCAACUUCUGUGCCUCCAUCCAGCCCAACAUCGGUGCCAGAACCCAGCUCAACCUCUGGACCAACAACAGGCUCCACAACAGUUCCAACAACUGCCACAACCUCUGUGCCAACAACUGCCCCAACCUCUGUGCCAACAACGAGCUCAACUUCUGUGCCUACAUCCAGCCCAACAACUGUGCCAACAACGAGCUCAACUUCUGUGCCUCCAUCCAGCCCAACAUCUGUGCCAAAAACCAGCUCAACCUCUGGGCCAACAACAGGCCCAACAACAGUUCCAACAACCAGCUCAACUUCUGUGCCAACAACUGGCCCAACAACAGUUCCGACAACCAGUUCAACUACUGUGCCAACGACUGGCCCAACCUCUGUGCCAACAACGAGCUCAACUUCUGUGCCUCCAUCCAGCCCAACGUUUGUGCCAGAAAGCAGCUCAACCUCUGGGCCAACAACCGGCCCAACCACAGUUCCAACAACCAGUUCAACUACUGUGCCAACAACUGGCCCAAACUCUGUGCCAACAACGAGCUCAACUUCUGUGCCUCCAUCCAGCCCAACAUCGGUGCCAGAACCCAGCUCAACCUCUGUGUCUACCACAGCCCCAAGAUCUGUGCCAGCAACCAGCUCAACCCCUAUGUCAACAACCCGCCCAAUACCUGUGCCAACAACUAGGUCAACCUCUGUGCCUACAACCAGCCCCACAUCUGUGUCCACAGUCAGCACCACCUCUGUGCCAAGAAGCAGCUCAAUUUCUGUGCCAAUAACCAGCCCAACCACUGUGCCAACAACCAGCCCAAAGUCUGUGCCAGAAACCAACUCAACCUCUGUGCCAACAACCAGCCCAAUCUCUGUGCCAAAAACCACCAAAACCACUGUGCCAAAAACCAGCCCAACAUCUAUGCCAACGACUAGCUCAACAUCUGUGCCAGCCACCAGUCCAACAUCUGCACCAAAAACCAGCUCAGCCUCUGUGCCAACAACCAGUGCGACCACUGUGCCAACAACCAGCCUCACAUCUCUACCAGCAAGCAGUCCAACGUCUCUGCCAAAAACUACCACAAUGUCUGCUCCUACAACCAGCACAAUCCCUGUUCUCACAUCUGAGACAACUCACUCCCCAUAUGUGACUGUCACUUGCCAGCCACAAUGCACGUGGACCAAGUGGUUUGAUGUGGACUUCCCAUCCCCGGGGCCCCAUGGAGGAGAUGCGGAAACCUUCUGCAACAUCAAGAAAAGAGGAGAGAAAAUCUGCCGCCGGCCUGAAUACAUUGCACAGCUGGAGUGCCGGGCUGAGAGCCACCCUGAGGUCAGCAUCGACAAGCUGGGCCAGGUGGUGCAGUGCAACGUCACCAAGGGGCUGGUGUGCCGGAACCGGGACCAGAAGGGCAAUGUCGGGAUGUGUCUCAACUAUGAGGUCCGUGUGCUGUGCUGUGAGCCCCCAGAGCACUGUGGUCACACCUCUGUGACGCCCCAUGUGACUUCAUCUACCAAUCGCUCGCCUCCUCCUGAAUUUACCUCCGUGGUGUCCACUGUGUCGUUUCCCAGCUCCGUGGCACCAUCCACCACGACAUGCUACUGCAGCGUGUCUGGCAAGCUCUACCCUGCAGGAUCCAUCAUUUACCAACAGACGGACCUCGCUGGUCACUGCUAUUAUGCCAUGUGCAGCCUGGACUGCCAGGUGGUCAGGUGGUCGGACCAGUCCUGCUCCAGCAGCGUGCCACCUCCUGCCCCAACCACCUCCCCACCUGGACCCUCCUUGUCGGCUUCUGUGCCUGUCACUAUGCACGGAUGCCCAAAUGCAAUCCCCCCGAGAAUGAAAGGCGAGACGUGGCCCAUGCCCAACUGCUCUCAAGCCACCUGUCAGGGCAAUGGUGUCAUCACCGUGCACCCACGAUCGUGCCCACAGACACAGCCACCCACCUGCACCAACGGCUUCCCUCCUGUGAAGGUGACGGACCACGAUGACUGCUGCCCGAACUACCAGUGCCAGUGUGUGUGCAGCGGCUGGGGCGACCCCCACUACAUCACCUUCGAUGGCACAUACUACAGCUUCCUGGACAACUGCACCUAUGUGCUGGUGCAGCAGAUCGUGCCCGUGUACGGCCACUUCCGCGUGCUCAUCAACAACUACUUCUGUGGGGCCGAGGAUGGGCUCUCCUGCCCACAGUCCAUCAUUGUCGAGUACCAGCAGGCCCGGGUUGUGAUGACCCGCAAGCCCAUCCUCGGGGUGAUGACCAACGAGAUUAUCUUCAAUGAUCAAGUGGUCAGGCCCGGCUUCCAGAAGGACGGUGUGAGUGUGUCCCAAAUUGGCAUCAAGAUGUAUGUGACCAUCCCUAAACUUGGCGUCCAGGUCAUGUUCUCCGGCCUCAUCUUCUCAGUGGAGGUGCCUUUCAGCAAGUUCGCUAACAACACAGAGGGGCAGUGUGGCACUUGCAGCAACGACAAGAGGGAUGAGUGUCGCCUGCCUGGGGGUGUGGAAGUGGCCUCCUGCUCUGCUAUGUCCAGCCACUGGAGGGUGACCACACCCGACCAGCCGUACUGCUACGGGCCUUUGCCGACACCCACCGCAGCCUGGCCCACGCCCUCGCCCUCCUCGUGCCCGCCUGCGCCAGUCUGCCACCUGAUUCUGAGCAAGGUGUUUGGGCCGUGCCACGCUGUGAUCCCCCCGCUGGCAUUCUACGAAGGCUGUGUGUUCGACCACUGCCACAAGACCGACUCGAACGUGAUGUGCUCCGCCCUGGAGCUGUACGCGUCGCUCUGCGCCUCCCGCGGCGUGUGCAUCGACUGGAGGAGCCACACCAACCACACGUGCCCAUUCACCUGCCCUGCGGACAAGGUGUACCAGCCCUGUGGCCCCUCCAAGCCCUCCUACUGCUAUGGGAGUGACAACACCAGCCUCAUGGCUCUACAGGACUCUGGGCCCAUCACAGAAGGCUGCUUCUGUCCAGAGGGCAUGAAGCUUUUCAGCAGGAGCUCCGAAGUCUGCGUGCCCAUAGACUGCCACAAGUGCCUGGGGCCCCACGGGAAGCCUGUGGAGCCCGGCCACUCCAUCACCGUGGACUGCCAGUGGUGCACGUGUGAGAACCACACGCUGACGAUGAGCUGUCAGAGGCAGCCCUGCCCUCUGCCACCAGCCUGCCCCUUGCCAGGCUUCGUGCCCGUGCCUGCGGCCCCACAGGCUGGCCAGUGCUGUCCUCAGUACAACUGCGCCUGUGACACCAGCUACUGCCCCAAGCCUGUGGCUUGUCCCGAGGGCUCCCGCCCGAUCCUGACCUAUGAGGAGGGCGCCUGCUGUCCGAGCCAGAACUGCAGCUGGAGUGUGUGCAACGUGAACGGCACCUUGUACCAGCCUGGCUCCGUGGUCUCCUCCAGUCUGUGCGAAACCUGCAGGUGUGAGGCACCUGACGGUCCCCACUCGGACACAGUCAUCAUCAGCUGUGAGACCCAGAUUUGCAACACCCACUGCCCCGUGGGCUUCGAGUACCAGCCGCAGAGCGGGCAGUGCUGUGGCCUGUGCGUGCAGCAGGCCUGCGUCGUCAACAGCAGCAACAACUCCACUCACCUCUUCUACCCCGGCCAGUCCUGGCCAGACCCCGGGAACCCCUGCAUGACCCACGAGUGUGAGAAGCACCAGGACGGGCUUGUGGUGGUGACCACGAAGAAGGCGUGUCCCCCCCUCAGCUGUCCUGAGGAACAGGCUCUGCCAAGCAAGGACGGCUGCUGUCUGUCCUGUCCUCUACACCCACCCCACACCAGUUCAACGUGCGCAGUGUACCACGAGCAGCAGGUCAUCAGCCAGCAAGGCUGCAGCUCCCCCGGGCCUGUGCACCUCGCCUACUGCCAGGGCAACUGUGGAGACAGCUCCUCCAGGUACUCCCUGGAGACCAAGGCCAUGAAGCACACCUGCCAGUGCUGCCAGGAGCUGCGCGUGUCACUGAGGAACGUGACCCUGCACUGCGCGGAUGGCUCCAGCUGGGUCUUCAGCUACCCGCAGGUGGAGGAGUGUGGCUGUGUGGGGCAGCACUGCGGCUCAGAGGAGUCCAGGCCUGAGCAGAGUGGCGAGGAGCAGAGCGAGGAGAUAGAGCGCACGGGCUGGCGGAGGAGGCCCAGGACCACAGGCUCCCCCAGCAGACUGACCCGCACCCGUCCUCGGGGCUCCCGCCCACCUUCCUCUGGAAUUCAAGGAUAAGACCAUCCCAUCCCAUUUCCUACAACCUUGGCUCCAGGGGCCUGAGCCCUGGUCCAGGUGGCCCGAGACCAGGAUGCCCUGCCCACCCACCUCUUCCCUCCCAGGGUCCACUUGGCCCUUGGACGAGUGCUGGUGUCCAACCUGCAGCCUCUGCUCAGGACCAGCCUGGGGUGCAUGGGCUCCUCUUGCCGCGGGUCCAGCCCACUCUUCCCAGGACUGAAGUUCCACAUAAGGGUCCUAUCAGUGACGGUCACUUGGACUCGGUGCCGGUGGUUUGGCCGGCCACCAGGAGGCACGGUUUCAGCCCUGGGCCUCAGGAAAUGACCAACUGGAUUGACAAAUACACUUGGAGCAUUUUGCAA